CUAACGUGUGUGGGAGCCUGGAGUGUCCCUUUAAUAAUAUAAACCCACCCAGUAUAACUAACUGUAACCUAACCCACACAGUGCAUCUAACGUGUGUGGGAGCCUGGAGUGUCCCUUUAAUAAUAUAAACCCACCCAGUAUUACUAACUGUAACCUAAUAUAAUGAUUGCAUCUGAUGUAUGCAUGCCUGGAGUGUCUGUAUAAAAUGUAUCUAUUUUUCUUUCUACAGAUUGUCACCUUGUUGUCUAAUUUUGGGGGACAGCUAGGUUUAUGGAUGAGCUGCUCCAUGGUUUGUGUUCUUGAGAUUGUGGAGAUUUUUCUCAUCGACUCCUUUUGGGUUGUUCUUCGUCAGCGCUGGCAGAAGUUUAUCAAGUCAUGGAGAGAACAAAGGGAAAGUCCACCUGAGCAUAACCAUAAUAUUCCAGUCCCUGCCAUGACAGGGCAUGACAAUCUUGGCUGCUUAGGAGAAGAUGAUCCACCUACAUUUAAUACUGCUCUCAAAUUACCUUCAGCCACAAGCUGUGAAGUGCCACGGACUCCACCACCAAGAUACAACACAUUACGUAUUCAAGCAUCCUUCCACCAAGAACAAACUAACUUAGAAGACAUUAUAGAGCAUCUAUAAUGGAAUCAUUCUCCUUAUGAUCACUUAGGUAAUAUGAAGAGUAGCUACAGUUCAAAAAGACUUCUUUGUCUUUUGACGGGGUCAGAACUUCACUUUGCAGACUUUUAUAAAUAUAAAUUGAUGCUCAUAAAUGCACAAAGUGAUAAACAAGAGCGUUAUUUGCACUCACAAAUGUUGUGAAGACUUUGUAUGGAAUACCAAUUGUUGUAUCUGCGUCAGAACUUAUGAAAGGUCUCUAUACACUUAUGGGAUAUCUUAACUCAUUCACAAUGUGCCAUGGCCAUACAGAGUGGAUUGUUUAAAAGCCACUAUUUAUUAUUUAUCGAAGGUGGGGUGGCCUGACGUGGUGGGCUGUAGUAUAGAGUGAAAGGUUUUGUACACUAUGUAUAAUGGCUGUGAUUUGCUUUCAACAAGGAUGUGCGUUAGGGGUGAUGUGGUGCCCUGCCUUGAGUCCUGCAAAGUUUUCAACCAGCACUGACAAUUGUAGCAUGUAGUAUAAUCACUCAAACACUACUACUUGUGUGUUGGAUUUGCAAUUUUGGCUUUUGGUUUUACUUUUAAACAGUUGUUUAGAAGAAUCAAAAGUUAUUUUAGCAACAAAAAUUAUGUGUAGGUUUUUUCUAUCCCAUGCCAAGAACCUACAUGUAUGAACCUGUCAGGCUGCUAUGGUCACAUAUAGUCACUCAUUGCAUCUGCAAGGAGAGUCUUUAUUUCCCAGGGAAAUGAUAAAUGGGUAUCGUCUUUACCCUAGGUCAUAUUGAUGGGAUUCUGACUAAGCCUCCUCAUUCUCUCUACACAUGACAGAAAUCACUCGCCAUCAGCCUCACACCCUGCUUUCCUCAUUAACUGGCGAUGUGUUUAUGCUGUCUGUUUGCACAUCUUGAGCUGUCAGGAGCAUUUGAACUUAAAGUGUUGUUCUAUUAAAAGUAAAAGUCAAUAAAAAAAGAGUAUUGUUACUUUAAUCCCGUCAUGACAUAUGACUCGCCAGGACAAUCCAGACACACGGGACAUUUCCUAACCCCUUGCUAGGAAGGAGAAAGGCAUCAAUGACAUCUAGGGUUAGCAUUGUAUUCCUAUGCAAUAUGUUUUAUCCACUAACCUGGCACUCAAAUGGUUAAGCCUGUGGGCUGUGCACAAAAUGUAUUAAAUGCUGCUACUCUUUGUGAGUUACCGAACAAGUUAAUAGACUCAACAAGAGGUUAAUGUGAACAUUGCCAAAUAGUAAUUGCAGGUAACAUGGGGUUUAUUAAAGUAACAGUAAAGGUUAAUCUGUUUUCUGAUAACAAGCAAGUUGUCUCUAUUGGUUUGAUUUCUUCAUGCUCAAUAAUCCAUUUUAAUUAAGGGCAGUUGACGCUUUCCAGAACAGCUCGGCCCACUUUGGACAAGAGUUGCCAAAACGAUUGACUUCCUAGUUGCAAAGCAUUAUGUUAGUUGAGUUCUAGGAAUCUACCUUUUUAGGAAUGUACCCUAAUUAAGGGGGGUGUAGAAGGGAGGGCAUUUUGCAUGGAACAUUUGCACGGUGUCUUGUACCACCAACACAAAAGCCAGUGUCACUGCCAAACAUAGACUUUACCCAAGUUUUUGGCCACAUUAGCAAGUCUAUUGUCUAUGCUUGAACUUUACCUGUCAAUCAAUUGGGCUCUGCUGUAAUAAGGAAAGAUAUCUGAACAACUAAAUGUGUGAAAAAUCUUGAAAGCCUCAUUAUACUUUAAAAUGUAUAGAUUUAAAAUGUUUCACUGUGAAAGGAUGAUCGUCGUAGGCUUGAGUCUAUGUUCAACCUACAUAAUAAUAUGAUUUUAUUACUGUCUUAAGUAAACAGAUUUUCCAUAGAGAUCAAGUCCCACUGGAACCACUGAUGAAUUUUCAUCUAUGCAAAUAUCUAUCUAUAUCUCUACUGCUGUCUAUAUAUUGAAAUAGAUACAUAAAUAUAUUGUAUAAUUACCUAUACACGUAUUUGUAUAUAUGUUAAAAUGUUAUAUUUUUAUAUAACCAGGGCAUAUUAUUUAACAUUGUUUAUGUGAUAUAUGUGAAUAAACUCGUUUUUAUAAUAAAA